AUGAUUGUCAUUAUAAAUCUCAGGCCAGAAUGGCCAUUACAUACCCCUCCGCUACCAUUGACAGAUAGACAAGAGCUUGUGGGGGUGCCACAUGACUCUUGUACAUGGAAAGCAUCUCUGUUGGAGUCUACUUUUUCACCUGAAGAUUGUGAGAUAAUUACUUCAAUUCCUCUAAGUUUUCGGCUUCCUCCUGAUCGCAUAAUUUGGCAUUAUGAUCCCAAAGGUAUUUUUUCUGUUAAAAGUGCCUAUGUGGUAGCAAGGGACAGGAUUCUACAGAUCAAUAAUGGGGCAUCUUCGUCUUCAUUGUCACAAUCUUCAUCUCAGUUGUGGGGGUCAAUAUGGAAAGCUCAUGUGCCUGCUAAGGUGAAGGAAUGGUUUUUGUCUUAUAUGGAGCAUUUUACAAAGGAACAUGUUGAUCUAUUUAUGGUUUUAUUUUCGACUAUUUGGAUGACAAGGAAUGAUACGCUCUGGCAUGGUUUGGAGAGCUCCCCUGCUGAUGUUAGUAUUAAGGGUAUUGUGAGGCUUCAAGCUUUUCACGCUGCAAACCCUUACCACAAAACUAACCGACGUAGGCAGCUAGUUCGUCCUUGCUGGACUCCUCCUCCUCAGGCUUGGCUUAAAGUGAACGUAGAUGGAGCCUUCAAUGCCUCAAUGAAGAUGGGUGGCAUUGGGUUGGUGAUACGUGAUUCUAGUGGGCAUUUUGUGGCUGGUCAUGCUGCCCCUCUCACACAAAUAUAG